AUGGGCCUCCUAAAAGUAAGUAGUCAAUGUCGUCAAGUGGAGCUCAACAUCAAGGAAUAUUUUAGACCCAGAGCUAUGGUUCUGUGGUUCCGCCCAAGAAAGAUCGUCACUGCCCAAAAGAUGAUAUUGUGGCCUCAGGCAGUUAGAGCUAAUCUGAAUUUUUGGCUAGCGCAUCAACUUGAUGUUGAUAUCAAAUGCGGAGAAACCAUUUUUGAUUCCGCAACAGCCACAAACAUGCCUCCACGAUUGAACUUCCACAGCGCAAGCAGGUCACUGAUCAUUCGACCACGAAUAAUUGUCGCACCUCGAAAUCCUGCUUUCUUCAAAAUUACCCCGGCAGCACGUCGAGGUUUCGCUGAGGAGAAGCAACCUCCAAGAAAUGGCUCUGAUGAAGAUGUAGCUGGCCACGUCAGUGAGGAGGCAAGAGAUAUGGCUGAAAUUACUGGAGAGACUCCUCCUGAUAUGGAGAAAAGCACAAAUGUUCAAGAGAUUCUUAAGAGAGAUCAAGAAGGAAAGGACAAAGCCCCAGAAGUUAUCAAGGAGGAUAUCAAAGACACACAAACUGCAGCUGCUCUGUCCCAAGAUAUCUCCUUCGCCAAUCUCAUGGCUCUUGGCCGUCUCGGUCAUUUGGAAGACGGCGCCAUCCCCUCCGAUCUCACAAUCGACGGACACAAAUUUGGACUUCCAGAAUUACCUAUUCCUUCGAACAACAAUCUCAAAUAUAGAUAUGAUCCAGUGGUUUCGCAGGUUACGAAUAUGAUGAUGCAGCAUGGCAAGAAGAGCGUUGCCCAGAGGAAUAUGUCCUACAUAUUAAACCAUCUCCGCACCGCUCCACCACCUACGCCCAACCCCGCCAAACCCCUCCUUCCGGGCACACCUCCCGCAGCUCACCUCCCUCUAAACCCCGUCCUGUAUCUUACUACCGCCAUCGACUCCAUAGCUCCUCUUUUACGUAUUCGUUCUCAGAAAGGUGCUGCAGGAGGUGGAGCAUCUCUUCAAAUUCCUGUACCGUUGGGUGUCAGACAAAGAAGAAGACAAGCAAUCAAAUGGAUAUUAGAUUCGGCCAGUAAGAAACAAUCUAGAGGUAGUGGACGAGGCAUGUUUGCACAGAAAUUCGCCGAUGAGAUUAUCAGUGUGGUAGAGGGCAAGAGUUCGAUUUGGGAGAAGAGGCUUUUGGUACAUAAGACUGGUACAAGCGCGAGAGCAAAUUUGACCUUUUAUAGUAGGAGGAGAAAAUAA